CACAACAAGGCAUUUAUCCUAACCAUGAACAAUGGCGUCGAGGUCUUUGUUAAGCUCCCCAAUCCGAAUGCCGGGCCUCGCCAGUACACCACUGCCUCGGAGGUGGCGACGCACGCGCUGCUCCGUGAUGUUUUCAAAAUCCCUGCCCCUCGCGUGCUAGCCUGGUCCUGCGAUGCAGAAAAUACCCCUGUUGAGGCAGAGUAUAUCAUUGCUGAGAAGGCACCGGGGGUCAGGCUCGGUUCGGUAUGGGGUCAAUGGCCGCGCGAAGCCAAGCUGAAAUUAAUCACCCAGAUUGUCGACAUGGAGAAUACCCUGACCACUGUGUCGUUUCCCAGGCACGGUUGUAUCUACUUCAAAGACGACUUGCGCUCAUUAACAGGGAAAGCUGAAGACAUUGAUGGCGACUCAGAAUGCCUCGCUCGUUAUUCGAUCGGGCUUCUUACCUCUGCAGAGCUUUGGGACCAUGGUAGGAGUGAAAUGACCUUGGAUCGUGGUCCUUGGCUCAAUCCACAUGAAUAUACACAAGCAUUAGGGCGUAAUGAAAUUGCAUGGAUCAAAUCAUCUGCCCACCCUCGCAUGAACUACUACAAGUCUGCUGAAGAUCCUGAGCGCCCCGAGGAUGGCAUUUUGCUUCUCACUCAGUACAUGAAUGCAGCCCCUUAUUUAGUUCCCCCAUCGACCGAUGAAGCCUCCAAUUGCAAGGUUCUCUGGCACCCAGAUCUGCAUCUCGAUAAUGUGUUCGUUAACCCCGAUACCCGGGAAAUCACCUGCAUUGUGGACUGGCAAUCUGCAUGUGUGGCCCUGCUGUUCUAUCAGUCUACUGUGCCCCGGAUGUUCCGACAUCGUCGGCCUGUGCAACAAGGUUGGGUCGUCCCCGAACGACCUGCCAAUUACGAUACCCUCAGCGACAGCGAUAAACAAAUGAUCGACGAUGACUUGGAGAGUGAGACCAUUCACAAGUACUACGAAGCGCAGGUCUGUAAACGUGCCCCUCGGCAUUGGGCCGUCCUCCAUCAACAAACCGUUCCCAUCCUCCAGAAGCCGGCCUGGCUGGUCACGGGGGUGUGGAAGAAUCGGGAUCUUUUCUUCCUCCGUCAAUCGCUGAUAUCUGUCGCUCAACAUUGGCAAGAAAUUUCUCCUGGAAACCAGCCACCUUGUCCUAUUCAUUUCACGGAGAGUGAUCUCGAAUCUCACUCCAAGGAGGAAGAAAAUAUGGACGGCAUUGGACACAUGCUUGCCUUGUUUCGUGACCAAGGGGUUCUUCCAGUUGACGGGAUGGUCAAUCCGGAUGAUUAUGAAACGGCCCGUGCAAACAAUCGCAGAUUCAAGGACAUCUUCAUUGGCCUGGCCAAGACGGAAGCUGAGAGGAGGUUAUACACAAAUUUAUGGCCAUAUUGAAGGCAACAAACCACUCGCCACAAGGACGCCACUGGUGAAAUGGGUUGCUCUGACAAAAAAAAGUGGAUACCAACUUUCUGACCUAGCGUGCCUAAAUGACACUACAACCACAACAACUAAGCCAACAUUAC